CGUUUCCCAGAUGGCCUGAUUUGGAAGCCAGACAUUCUUCUCUAUAACAGGCAUAUUCAAGAGCUCCUGCUACAUUGACGUGCGCUGGUUCCCCUUCGAUGUGCAGCAGUGCAAACUGAAGUUUGGGUCCUGGUCCUAUGGAGGGUGGUCCUUGGAUCUACAGAUGCAAGAGGCAGAUAUCAGUGGCUAUAUCCCAAACGGAGAAUGGGACCUUGUGGGAAUCCCAGGCAAGCGGAGUGAGAAGUUCUAUGAGUGCUGCAAAGAGCCCUACCCAGAUGUAACCUUCACAGUGACCAUUCGCCGCAGGACCCUCUACUAUGGCCUCAACCUCCUCAUCCCCUGUGUGCUCAUCUCUGCACUGGCCCUCCUCGUCUUCCUGCUUCCUGCAGAUUCAGGGGAGAAAAUUUCCCUGGGGAUAACAGUUUUACUCUCUCUUACUGUCUUCAUGUUGCUGGUGGCUGAGAUCAUGCCUGCGACAUCUGACUCGGUGCCCUUGAUAGCCCAGUACUUUGCCAGCACCAUGAUCAUCGUGGGCCUCUCCGUGGUCGUGACGGUGAUUGUGCUUCAGUACCACCACCACGACCCCGACGGCGGCAAGAUGCCCAAGUGGACCAGAGUUAUCCUUCUGAACUGGUGCGCAUGGUUCCUGCGCAUGAAGAGGCCGGGGGAGGACAAGGUGAGGCCGGCUUGCCAGCACAAGCAGCGUCAGCGUCGCUGCAGCCUGGCCAGCGUGGAGAUGAGUGCGGUGGCGGGACCGCCCACCACCAACGGCAACCUGCUCUACAUCGGCUUCCGCGGCCUGGAUGGGGUGCACUGUGCCCCCACCCCCGACUCGGGCGUUGUGUGUGGUCGCAUGGCCUGCUCCCCCACGCACGAUGAGCACCUCCUGCGUGGUGGGCAGUCCUCCGAGGGAGACCCGGAGCUGGCUAAGAUCCUGGAGGAGGUCCGCUACAUCGCCAACCGCUUCCGCUGCCAGGACGAGAGCGAGGCCAUCUGCAGUGAGUGGAAAUUCGCGGCGUGCGUGGUGGACCGCCUGUGUCUCAUGGCCUUCUCUGUCUUCACCAUCAUCUGCACCAUCGGCAUCCUGAUGUCAGCUCCAAACUUCGUCGAGGCUGUGUCGAAAGACUUCGCUUAACCUGGUCUUGGUCCCCAGCAUGUGGGAAACGCACCAACAGGCGAUGCCUUUGGCUUGGGGAAAAUCCGGGGUGCUACACUAGACAUGGGGAUGCUGAUGUAUCCAGAGCGCUCGCUGCCAGUCAUAUCCGUUAUAGUUUCCUUGUUACUUUGAAUAAUAGAAUCUCAGCACGUUUUGUUGAACCCUCUCAGAUGGGCUACUUGAUAUUCUUGGGACAUCCUUAGGGUCACUAGGACCACUGAAAGCUGUUUUUGCCCAUUCCCCAGUGCCUGGUGAGCCCUUCAGAGAGGUCAGGGUGGCUCCAGACCGCCAGGGGAGGCCUGUACAGUUGGUUUUGCAUGCCUGCAUGUCACUUGCCAGAAGGCCUAUGUGAAAAUUCAACAUAAGCUUUUGCCUGUUUACAAACCUCGAAGGAAAGUAACAAUAAUAGUAAUAAACCACCCUCACUAGAUCCAUUCAGAUAAUUGGUAAAAGGACACAAAACCAAAAGGAAAAACCCAACUGCUCGUUUUUCUGUGAUUCAGAUUUUAUUUUUCUCUGCCAUAGAUGGUAGAGAGAGACAAUUUUACACUGCUCCUGCAUUUUAUUAGAGAGAGAAAGAGGCAUAGUUGGUCUUUUAAAUGAUGCUUUUACCAGUCUGAUUUUCUGCCAAGCUACCCUGUGGUGGGAAUCAGGAGGGACAUAGAUGUAUGUUGAUUCUGAACUAGGACCACACCUGCCCAGUCAGGGGGAUGUCUGUAGAUACCAGGGGACUCCCAAACUUCCUAUGCUACCCUCAGACACUGGGGAGCUGAAUUUGCUCUAUUCUGAAAAACCCAAAGGGCAAAUAGAAUUCUGUUAAAAUUAUAAGCCCGAUCUAAUAGCUAAAGUUAAAUUAA